AAUCGGACAGAAUUUAUGUCUCGCAGCCGCUCCAAAUUUCUACGUUUUUCUUGAAAACUUGCCGGACAAUUCCCCAAUCUAUUGGGCUUCGAUGAACCGCCAUGUCUAGUGAAGUAUUUACAGUACCAGUCCCGACGAAAAAGCACAGAAGAGAGUUUAGGAUGUCGCCCUCGCCUAAAAAGAGAAAAACCAUGACGGAUUUUAACACAUUUUGUACCUGGGUUCUAGACUAUGAGGCAUCGUUGCAAGGAGAGGAGCAUAUUAAGAAGAGAAGCCCGAGUCCGCUUGAUAGUGAAGGUAACAGUACAUCAAGCAGUGAUGUCUCUGACAUUGUACAAUUCACACCGAGGUCACAUCAUAAGGUCAAAGAUGAAGAUUGGGAGCUCGUCACUUGUUAUUGCUGCAAACCGUUUGCCGGCCGUCCCAUGAUAGAAUGUUCCGAGUGCGCAACCUGGAUCCACUUAUCUUGUGCUAAGAUCCGAAAAAACAAUGUUCCUGAGAUUUUUACUUGCCAGCAGUGCAGAGACUCAAAAUAUGAAAUCCGACGCUCGAACCGAGCGCGAGAACCAAAGAAACAAUUCAAAGAGCUCUACGAGGAAUUGUGAGAACUCGCGAGUUAGUGUUCGCUUUUGAUACAGUCGCUCAUCAAGAAAGUCACCCCAAAGGAAAAGAUCGUGAAGAAAGUAAAACAUAUUUUGUCAUGAAGGAUUGAGUUUUACAGGGAUGAGAAAUCUUAGAUUUUCAUCUGGUUCAAACUUUUUAAGUCAGCCUUGCGAAGAAAAUCAGCAACUAUUUUUCCACGUUAUUAAGAAAUCCUGCUCUUUGAUCUACUUCUCUCGUGCUGAGGACACUGUUCCUAAAAGCUCUGUGAAAUAUAUAAACCCCAGUUACUAAAAGCUGGAAAUGCCCUCAUUUCAAAUUUGGGUCACUUUUUUAGACUCUUCGGCAGCAAUGACUCUCACUGGUUUAUGGACAAUCCAGAAUUCCUUAGCAGGCUUCGAUCAUUUCUGUCUGGGUUGUGCCUCAUUCUUCUAGUCAAUGCAUCCAUAGUGAGGCUGGAUGGACAAAUUUAGUCUAGUACCUAUGGACAAGAUGGACACCUCAGUUGGCAUUGUCAGUUCGGACACAGGGAGCUCAACGAAAUAUGAAGUUGGUCUUGGCUGCCAUUGAAUAGGAGUUUGCCAAAACAGACAACCCAAGCCAAGAAGAAAGCAAAUAAAAGGGAAAAUGUCUUAAGUUCUAGACAGCAAUUUCCUUAUUUGAGAGUUCAUCUGCCAGUGCUUCAACAAGUAAAAACGGGUGCUAAAGAAGAGAUAGGAGGAAUCAUGUUCUUCGACAACUUAUCCAAUUCUUAAAGAGUUUCAACAUUUUCCUCAUGGCCUUCAUAAUUUCUUAAAUAGGAGGAACCAAGUUCUCCGACAAAUUCAUCCAGUUCUAAAAGAGUUUCAAGAAAGUAAUAACCUGGACAAGUUUUAGGUACAACAAUGUCUUCAACAGUUUCUUGGAAAAUUUGUACAUUUUCCUCAUGACCAUCAAUGAGUUCUUCAAUAGGAGGAGUCAAGUUCUUCAACAACUUUACCCAGUUCUACAAGAGUUUCAAGAAUGUAAGAACUUGGCUCUACAACUGCAAGUACAACAGUGUCUUCAACAAUUUCUUGGAGAACAACUCCAUCUUGACAACUUCGUCCAUUUCUAUAAGAGUUUCAAAGUAAUAACUCUGACAAGUUCUUCAAGUGCAACAAGUCUUCAACAAUUUCUUGAAGAACUUCAACAAGUUCUUUAAGAACCUCAACCUGUUCCAGCAGCCACUCCGGACCUUAGGAUCUUAUGCCGUUUGGAUUCAUUUUAUAACAAAAUUGACGAGCGAACUGAUUCUGCUGAUUUUUAACAGUUGUUCUCAAGGAAUGCACAGAGGAGCAUUUCAACAGGGUUCCUUGAUGGAACGUUUUCACCUCAAAAAGUAAGUGUGAGGGUGACAUUGGGGAACGAACUGAAAACAAACACAUUGUCUCCGAGAGCUGUAAAUAUUAAAAUUUCUUAUAAGUGCUUCUCUGGAGAACUGCGAUGUCACACUUCGGAGUUUUAUUUAAAAAAAAUUCAGUAGUGUAUCAUAUGGGAACUAUAGGCCUAUAUGAAAAUGAAACUUAAUAAUAUUAUUUAUGCAGUGUUCUCGUUUUACAGUGGUUCAUUGGCCAAAUGCUGACACUUGAGGGCCAGUAACCAUUCUUCCCAACACCCCAAAGAUCUUGUUUUGUCCAAACAUUCAGGAAUUUGGGUCCAGAAUGCUCUACACGGUUUCAAAACAAAAUCCUGGGGAGAAUCCUGGAAAUAGGACACUUUUGGUACAAUGUUUUAAAGCGGCAACUAAAUACCUACAAUUUCACAUGUACAAAGGUAUAGUUUAAGCUUCCCUGUGUCGACCCCAAGGUGUUCAUUCGGGUGAUCCCCUGACAAGAGCUAAUCAAACAAUCACUCAGACGCCAUGCACCUCGGGCCAGCCCCAAGUGACCCACUCC